UGAGGGGCGUCCUGUGUGCAGCCCACUUGGUGCAGCCGCUGCGGCCGCGGCCAUGUCGCAGACUACGCUGUCUGCCCUCGCCACUCGGAUGGCCAACAACGUCAGGGCGUUCCUCACGACGCGGCCGGAGCCGCGCUGGGACCCGACGACCGUCACGAUCCGCGGCUGGACCAGCCGAUUCCGCGCGAUUUGGUCGGCGCAGGGGCUGGGCACGGCGUACAACAAGCUGCGCAUGGAGAACUGGCUGCGACCAAACGGGCAGCUCAUCGGCACGGACGUCAACGGGAACAAGUACUUUGAGGAUUUGAACGCGCCGUACGGGCGCACGCGGUGGGUCGAGUACCCGACGGUGCCGGGCACAUGGGCGCUGGAGGACAAGUUCGACGCGUCGAUGGUUCACCCCGACUGGCACGGCUGGCUGCACUGCAUGCACGACGCGCCAGGCAGCAAGGUGUCUGCAGAGUACUCGAAGCCGUUCAAGCAGCAUCACCGCGUGAACCAGACGAUGCUGCGUCCCUGCUACACUACGCCUGCGGGCAUCACCUCGAAGCACCACGAGGAGGGCCUGCCCGCCGCGUUCCACACGCCGCCCGGCUCGAUCCACAUCGAGAAGCCGCGCGGAAAGCUCGGCCACAAGUACCAGAGCUGGGACCCGAGCGGCGAGGCAAAGCCGAGCGAGCUGCGCAACUACGUCGACAACACAAAGAUCCUGGGCAUGCCCUGAGGAGGGAGGGGGGGGAGAGCGCCCCACGCCACACGACACACGCGCGCGGCUCGUAGAGAGUCUAGAGGGCGGGAGCCGAAGAGCGGUGUGCGAGGCAGAGAGAGAGGAUCGCCGCUUUGGGCUUGUUUGGGCGCGCCACUUGUCUGCCCUGCCGUGUCUCGAGACUCGCUCGUCGUCCGCGUGCGGUGUUCCGGUGUGUACAUAUGAUAGAUUUCUCUCCCUUUGACUUUGAUGGAGUACACGU